AUGGCCCGGAAGCACUGUGAGUAUACAAUUACUUAUGGAUACGGAAGAAGCAACAACUUGCAGCAAGGAGAGUUUGAGAUCAAACAUAAGGAGUUACUAAACGAAGUCUUCAUACACAGUACAGCCCUCUGGAAUGUAAGCUUCACCGCAAGGUAUCUACUUAUUACUCGGGUUUUCAUAUGUGGGACGGCAAUCCCGAAUCCACGACGGCCGCCCAAAUGGAUACCAUAUCGUGGAUUGAUAGUUGAUCACCGGCGCGUCGGAGGGCCGAUCAGCCGUGACCGAGUCGGUGGGUUGGGCGUCGCGUCCCGCCAAUAUUUCCCUUCCUUGCUCUCAUUAGGCCCUGGGACAACUCCGGCAUAG